AUGAUGACGUUCCUUUCGACAAUGCUACGCAACGAUGGAGGUUUCGAUUACAAGAAGAGUAUCAUUGAUACGAUCAUCGCAAUUAUCGAGGAGAACCCGGACGCAAAAGAGACCGGUUUGAUGCAACUGUGUGAAUUUAUCGAGGAUUGUGAGCAUUCGACAUUGGCCACACGAGUGCUUUACUUUUUGGGUCGUGAAGCACCAACCACAUUGAAUCCAUCACGUUACAUACGAUUCGUUUACAAUCGUGUCAUUCUCGAGACGACGCAGGUUUGUUGA